AUGUGCGGAAUUUUCGGAUGUGUUGCAGUUGGAAACUAUGAAAAUCUGAACAUCCUCGCUGCAAACGGACUCCCUUCAACACAGACCCAAUCUCAAAUCGACGGAAGAGAAAAGUUGGCUAUUCGAGGAACCGAGUCAUCUGGUCUUGUUGGAUCAGAUGGAGUAACCAGGGAUCAUGUGGAAAUAAUCAAAGGACACGGACUUGUUCGUGAUGUGAUCACUGAGGAUAAUAUUUCAAGAAUGGACGGACAAUCGAUUAUCAUUGGUCACAACAGAUAUUCAACAGCUGGGAAAAAGAAAUCCGGAAUCGACUGUGUUCAACCUUUUGUUGUUUAUACAGCAAUGGGUACGGUAGCAAUUGCACAUAAUGGAGAACUAGUAGAUACAAAACAAAAAAGGAAAGAAGUUCUUCAUGAAGGUGUUGGUCUCUCAACUGACACAGAUUCAGAAUUGAUUGCUCAGAUGAUUGCAAAGGCGAUUGCACUGAAUGUCAAGUGCAAAUAUGGACAAGAUAUUGGAGAUAUUACAAGGGAAUUAGCAGUUACAAUGUCUGCAUUAAACAUGUCUUAUUCUCUUCUUGUCAUGACUUUCGAUCGUCUUUAUGCAAUUCGUGAUCCAUUCGGAAAUCGUCCACUUUGUGUUGGAACUGUACUUUCAUCAGAAGGAAAGCCAGAAGCGUUUAUUGCUGCUUCUGAAUCAUGUGCAUUUCCCGCAAAUUCUAAACUUGAUUUUGAAGUGAGACCGGGAGAAAUAGUAGAACUAUCCUCUAAUGGAAUAAAAUCUGUUUGGCAGAUGAAACCGAACACUCCGCUUGCAAUGUGCAUCUUUGAAUAUGUGUAUUUUGCUAGAAAUGAUUCUGAAAUUGAAGGACAACAAGUACAAACUGUUCGAGAAGAAUGUGGGCGUACGAUGGCAUUGGAAGAUGAUUUAGAAGCAGAUAUUGUUGGAAAUGUACCAGAUUCUUCCCUUAGUGCUGCAAUUGGAUAUUCAUCUCAAUCUGGAAUCGCAUAUGAACCAGUUUUACAUCGAAACUCGUAUGUUGGAAGAUCAUUUAUUCAACCAAAUGAUGAAAUGAGACAAAACGCAAUCAACAUGAAAUUUGGUGUUCUCAAGAAGAAAAUACAAAAUCAGAGGAUCGUUUUAGUUGAUGAUUCAAUUGUACGUGGAAAUACGAUGAGAACUCUAGUUAAAAUGUUGAGAGAUGCUGGAGCAAAAGAGGUUCAUUUGAGAAUCGCAUCUCCUCCUGUGAAAUUUCCAUGUUUCAUGGGAAUCAAUAUUCCAACGAGUCUUGAAUUGAUUGCUGCACAAAUGACUAUUCCCGAAAUCUGUAAAUUUGUUGGAGCAGAUUCAGUUCGAUAUCUUUCAGUGGAUGGUCUUAUUUCGUCAGUCCAAAAAGGAAUCGAACGAUCAGCCAAUUUCUCCCCUGGGCAUUGCACUGCUUGCCUCACUGGCAAAUAUCCCGUUCCCAUUGACUUGUGA